ACUGAUAGUGCUGCGAGUACGUUCCAAAAUACCCUGCAGUAAGCUUUCGAUGAGCUUGUGAAAGCAUAUGACGUCAUAGAUUUUGUCGUCACUUCCUGCUUUCGUUACUGCGGCUGGCGAGGUAAGGCAUUCGCAGUAGAAAGAUGGCGGCGCCCGUAGAAGAUAUGGAAGAGGUUGUUUUGGUAGACGCGGAAACUAACGAAAAUUUUAAAAUGUUAUUAAGCAAAGAGGAUGUAAUCAGAGUACGAAGCGAUUUAACUUUUGCUACGCAGUUGUUGCAAAGUGCAAAGGACUCCGCCCAACAAGUAGAUUGUACUUCGCCCCAACCAACUACCAGUAACAGUAAUAAAAAACCUGACAACCUCGAUACAACUGUACAAUGUGCAGAAGGUGCACAUGCAUGGACCAAACAGGAAACAUUAUUAUUAUUAGAAUUAUAUCGCGAACAUCAAACUGAUUUCAUUAGUGGAAAAGGUACCGUCAAAAAACAUUGGAACAAUAUUGCAAAACUUAUGCAAGAGAAAGGACAUGAUGUAAAUGGUUUUAAAUGUUCAACAAAAUUUCAAUCUUUGAAACGUACAUACAAAUGCAUUACGGAUCAUAACAAGAAAAGUGGCAAUAAUAGGAAGGAUUGGGAAUAUUUACAGAUAAUGCAAGAGAUAUUUGGUGAUAAACCCUGGGUAAAACCUUUGGCAGUAGCAGGAUCUCACUUAGAUGAAACAGAAAGUGAAAGCGAUGCAAAAGAUGAAAAAGAAAAUCUUCCAGAAAAAGUCACCAAGAAGGGAAAAAUCACUGCAUUAAUAAAUGAUUACAUAUCAUUUAGCAAAGAAGAACGCGCUAACCGAAGAGAAAUUCGUACAAAACAGCAUGAAGAGAAACUGCUCGCCCUUAAAAGGUUGGAAAAUUUGUUAGAGAAACUGGUAGAAAAAGAAAAUAAGUAAGGAAAUUAGAGGUUAUAAGAUAUAAAUAAUAUAUAUUUUGA